UAAUACUAAAAAUUUUAUUUGACAAAAAUAGGGCUCUUGUUUCUACCUGAGUCGGUUCCUCGUCUCCCAUUGCUGCGAGCUCCUCCGUUUCAUCCUUAUAUUAUUUACCGUCCGCCUCUCUUCGAUCCUGUUCCUGAGCUCCUCUAGGCUUCUAGGAUAAGGGAUUUGAAGAUGCCAAACCUGUGAUACCAGUACCAUACUCCUCAUUUGGAAUUGAUCAAGAUUCAAGGAUUAACUCUGCCUAGAACCAGACUUGUCUGCAGUUUUUGGGUCUGGUGUAAAAUAACAUCACCCAGCCAUUUUGCGAUUGAUAGUGUAGACCCACUCUUAGCCUUACUUCAACAGCUUCAACCGUGUGUGAAACGCAAAUUAAGCAGUUAUGGGAGGUCAUGGAGGUCUUAACAUCCUUCCUCAAAAGCGGUGGAAUGUAUACAACUAUGAGAAUAGAGAAAAAGUCCGGCGAGAUGAGGAAGCCGCCGCUAGAGAAGAGCAAUUAAAGCGUGAGCAGUCAAGAAAGCGCGAUGCUGAGUUUCGCCUUGAGCAGCUACGGACUGCUCGUGGUUUGCUUCCGCUAAAUAAACCAGAAGUGGAGCCAGAGCCAGAGCCAGAGCCAGAGCCAAAGCCAGAGCAAUCAGAACCCAAGUCCAACCACAUUAAUCUCUUUGAAGGGAUCAAGAUUUUUGACCCAGUUAAGGGAUUGGAGAAAGAAGGGGAUGCUGAGAGGGAUGGGUUUAGAAAGAAGAAGAUGAAGAAAGAGGAGGUGAGAGUUGUGACUGCUGAGGAUGAGAAGUAUAGGUUGGGUUAUGGGGUUGCCGGAAAAGGAGUUAAGUUGCCCUGGUACCUUGAGAGACGCAGUGAUAAUGUGAAUGAGAAGGAUGAAGAUGAUGGGUCGAUGAGAGGGAAGGAGGUUAUGAAGAAGAGUGGCAAGAAGACAUUGGAAGAACUAAGAGAGGAAAGAUUGAAAAGGGAAAAGCAGGAAAAAGAGAGGGAACGGGCAUUGUUGGAGAAGAAGCAGAGAGAUAGAACUGGUUUUAGGAGUGGAAUGUUUUCCAGGAGGUGAGGUUAUUGAAGUGUUUAUUAUAUUAAUGUAUUUUGUCUCGUUUUAAAGGUUUAUAAGCAUGAAAUUUGGUCUCUCGGUCAGCAUAUUAAUUUGAUUGUUGAUCCUGAUAUAUUGUUUGUAGUUGCAUUGCUAUCUUUUUUGUCUAGUGUAAGAGCCUUUUAGGCUUCAUUUGGUGUUUUCUA